UACAUUUAUUUAGCAUGACAGGUAUCAAGGAUUUUCAGUUUGUGUGGAUGAGGUGGAGAAUCUGCUCUACUCAAACGCCAAGCUUAAAGGGCAUAAGGAUAGAAAGUGAAAUUGCAUAAGGACGGUACAUGGCUUAAAAGCACGAGACAAACAACUCUGUUCGGUAUUACUCCAGAUAGAACUCAGGACUGAGGAUUUACUUAAAGACUAGACUUGAUGCUUCUCUUACUUGUGUGAGAGGCCCCGUGGAAGCAACUCAACAGACGAACCUGAAUACAACUGGAGAUGAGAGACAUGAUGUGGAUUUAUGCCGUUAUCAUCUUCUUGGUGUCUGAAGCAUGGAGCCUGCAGCCAGGUACUAAUCAAAGCACCUCUGUGAACUCCAGCACGCCUAAUGAAUUAAAAGCUAAUGUUACCAGACAUUUAGAUUUCAACAUCGGGAGUGAUGUUAACCUGAAGUGCAGUGAUAAGACAUGGAAUGAGACAAUAUAUGUUAUCUGGACGAUAAAGUUGAACUACAAAUGGUGUAGGAUAGCCAUUAGUGAUAAUGGUGGAGACUCGAAUGACUCCUGCAAUGAUGGCAAAUCACUCCGAAACACAUCCACAUCUCAAUCCUACCUGCACAUCCCAAACUUCUCAAUUCAUGACGUGGGGAUCUACAGAUGUGAGCAGGCUUUCAAAGCUGGAGUGGAAGCUUAUGGGACCAAUGUAACUAUCAUAGUUCCUCCCAGUAUAUCAGCCUGGCUAGAGCAAGGGGCAAACAAGAUGGUAGCUGUGUGCAAAGCAGAAAGAGGGAAACCUGCUGCCAACAUCAGCUGGAGUCAUGAGGAAAAUUCAGCAACUGUGGAAACACAGUCUACCUCAGAUGGAUUUAGUACUGUAGAGAGUCGUCUGGAGCUCGCAGAGGGCAUGGAUACAAAGAACCUGACCUGUGCUAUCAGGCACCGGUUCUGGAAAGAGCCGCAGAUUCUGAUUCCAAACCCCACAAAAGGUCAUUUUCUUUGGCUGUUGAUCCUUAUUGUUGUUGUGGUCACUAUAUUUGUGUUGGGAUUCUCAUUUUUUGCGCAUAAGAAACUGCCAUUGUUGAGGCCAUGCCAACAGCCUGCCACGUCACCAUCAAAAUCUCCAACGAUAGAGGAUGUGGAGGAGGUGGAGCCCUACGCCAGCUAUCUUCAACGUGUGAACUCCAUCUAUAACUGAGCUGCAGAUUUGUUCGCAAUGAAUCCUGCGCAUGCAUCACACGGACACACUUAAAUGCUUGUAGGUCUUUUUGAGAAACUGGAGGCUGUGAAACUGAGAAUUGGUGAAAUAGUAGAGAGGAGUGAGAUGACUUCUGAUAAGGAAAGGGAAGCCUCUCAGUUCUGUCCUAACAAACACUUGACUGAUGGAACAGGGGAUGUACCUAAUGUCACACACUGGCUCCCAUGCACAAUACAUGCAGCCCACUACUCUGUAGGUGGGUCUCACAGAAACAUUAUUAAUGACUACAAAUGCAACUGCUGAAGCGGAAAGAAUGCCUUCUUCAGAUAGAUGCAACAUUUCUACUCUACAGAACUACAGACUUUCGAUGUUGCUGAUGAAAUACAUGGGCUGUAGAGACAUGCAUGUAAUUCAGUGACACACUUACUUCAAGAUAAUGAGUACAACAUUAUGUAAAGUAUUCAUAUUAUGGGUUGAUGUAUAAUUAUGUAAUUACACAUAUUAAAAAUA